GGGGCCCUUUCGCUGGAGCAAUGAAAGGAACACCUUACUUCUGCGUGAAGCUUACGUGUCUGAACCUUUCUUAUACAAGGCCGGAAGCAAAGAAGCAGGACAAAAGUGGACAUUAGUAGCCGACAAUCGUAAUUGUUUUGUUUUGUUUCAUGACAUGCCCCGAGAUCAGCGUAGUGUUCGAGAUCAAUUCAAUAAGAUAAUGGGAAACUACAAAAAAAAGAAGUCCAUGGAAGAAAAAGCUUCAGGUAUUACCCCAGACCCACCAACUGAAAACGAAGAAAUAUUAGAAGAGAUUAUCGAGAUGCUGGAGUCAACUCCAAUUAAGAAUCCAGCUGUUGACUCCCGAAAUGAAGAAAAAAAGAGAAAGGAAGCACUUGCUACCAGAGAAAUUGCAAUGACAACUUGGAAGAAGGCAGCAAAGCAUGGUGAGGAUGAGCAAGUUGAAGAUGAAGAAGACAGUGGUGAUGAAAAUCUGGGAGAGAAGCCUAAACCUGCAAGGAAAAGAAAAAGAAGUUGUACAGACCCCAUUCAAUAUUUAGUUCAGAAAACAACAAAUGAAAAUGAGCUGAGGAAAGAAGAGUUAGAAAUCAGAAGACAAGAACUACAACUUAAAGCUGAACAACAGAAGCAGCAAUUUCAGUUGCAACAACUACAGUUACAGCAAAUGAUGGAAACACAAAAAAACACACAAAAUUUAUUUGUUACUGUCAUUGAGAAACUAUCAAAGUGA